CUUCCGAUCUCUGCUGUAUAUUUAGGGCAAGUUAGGGACAGCUCCAUUGUUACAAUUGGAGAAUUACGUGACGUCACACGGUCCAUAAGGGAGUAUAUUGGACGGUGAGUAUGAUAAAAACAUGGUGAACUGUAAGAUGGACGGAACGCCUGAAGGCAAGAAAACAGUUGAAAUACCGUCUGGUGGUAAGUAGGAAAGAAAGGAAGACGAAUGCAUUGCGCAGAGAGAGAAAAGGGUGAAUGCACUGCGCAGAGGGGUAAGUAAAGCGAGAAAACAAGGUCUUAAGAAUAAAUUGUAAGAAUAAGACAAUAGUUUGAAAUAUAAAAAGAAAAAACUAAGUGUAUUCAAUUUGAGCUAUAAUAACAAUAUAAUAAUAAUAAUACAUUUUAUUUGUGGGGGUCUUUCUAUGAACUCAAGGACACCUUACAACAAGCAGUUAAAAUCACGAAUACAAUGUUAAGAUCAACAUCAAAUAAAAUAAGAAAAAAAUGCAACAACAGAAAGAAUAAUGGCUUUAUGGUCCGAGUGAAUAGGCUUGUCCAAACAGAUGUGUUUUGAGGUGGAAUUUAAAAUGUGUUAAUGAGUCUGUAUUACGAAGGUCAGCGAGGAGUGUGUUCCAGAGCUGGGGAGGAGAUCGACUGAAGGCUCUGUUUCCCAUGGUGACGAGACGAGCAGGGGAGGCAGAGAGAAGGAGAGAGGAGUAGGAACGAAAAGAGCAGACAAGUGUAGGAAUGUGGAUGAGGUCAGAUAGGUAUGGAGGGGCUAGGUUAUGGAUGGCUUUGAAUGUGAGGAGUGAGAAAAGAGCGGAGCCGGUGGGUGUUUCUAAGAUGAUAAUAUGAUGUGGUUGAUAUGCGAGGGGAAAAGAGAGGGUCAAGUUGACAAGUAGAGGUUCUUCUAUAUAUUGCAUUUCAUGGGUAGUUUGACCACUGCCUUCGACAUAGGAAAAAGAAAAAAUAUACAUAACCAAAGUAACUCCGACAAAGUUAUGAUAAACAAGGCAGCGAGGAUACCUCCUUCACCGCAUGAGGUGACGAGCGCUAAAAUUAUGACCUCACUACAAGCGCCGAGUGGUCACUUGUACAUAGACAAGGCAGAAGAAAUUGGAGCGGAUGGUCAAUCUGCAGGCAGAGAGACCUGAGCUCACCACACACACGAAAAUGUGUCUAUAUUCACCACAAUCGCAGACACUGUUGUGAGGGUUAAAGAUAUUGAGUGAAUUAAAAAAAAAAAAAAAAAAAAAUUUUAUAAACGUCUUAACAGAGGGGCACUUUAAUCAUUGUGUAGGCCCCACAGGCAGGUUUGUAAGCACAAACCUACAGGAAGGGGGAUAACACAUACUAGCCAUUUUACUGGCACCCACCUGAAUCCCUUGUGUGCCAAGCUUCCCCCUGAUCUGCCCAGGCUGGUUCAUAAACAAUUGGUAAAAGUAGAAAAAUGUAGGCAAAUUAAACAGGAUAAUGAGAGCAUGAGUGUUUGAGAUGCGACCACUUUUGUAACUAAGGAGACUGAAUUGACGAGGCAAAUAUUGCUGGAUAUGCCUAAAAUUGACUAUGACAUACAGUUGUGGGCAAUAGACUGGCUUAAGAGUACCGGUAAGUAUUUACCCAAAGAGAUUAUGGACCUAUUAGAGGGAAUAGCCUCUUGCAAAUUGACUAGGUUGAAUGAAAGAAAAUCAAGUCAAGUCAAGUCAAGUCAACAGUAUUUAUAGAGCACUUUCAAACAGCCAUCGCUGCAUACAAAGUGCUGUACAUGGAGCGAUUUAACAUAUACAAUAAACAGUAAGACGAAUCAGUAAUAAGUAAUAAGUAAUAAGGCGGUAGAAAGCACCAAGCAAAAUCAAACGCGCUGAGUUCCAUUUAUCCAACAACAUUGGGUCCUUCACAACAAUUGGCGUUUGAAUUGCUAUCUGAGGUACACCCAAUGACGUAUUUGGUUAAUUGUAUGGAUGCUUGGGUGACUGUCACAGGACAGGACCCCAAUAGUCAUCCAUUGAAUCAAGCUUUGUUCAGGCAAGCAGUGCUGGGGGGUUGUCCGUCUGAUGUGAAGAAAAUGAUGACUAACUCUCCCACUCUCUCCCCACUUCAGAUGACGUGAAUUGGCGAACUCAUUUCCUAUAUUAUGUGCAACAAUCUCGAAUGAGAGCCGAGGAAGAGACUGAGAAAACAUCCAAGCUACAAAACGACUUUUUGAAUUCACAAAUACAAGAGGCUAAGAGAGCCUCCAGUAAUGCAUGCAAAAAAAGAGAAACUUGGGAGAUCUAAUCAAAUGUCAAUCAGUGUCUCUCAACAGGCUCCACCACGGCUGAUCACACCCACACCGCAGCUCCAAGCCACACCUCAACAUUACGGCCUGCCCACAAGGCAGGGCCGAGACGCAUGGCUGGGGGGAGGUCUGAGACGGGAAGGUGGGCGUGGACGAGGAAGUCACGGGAGCCAAGCUGGCUGUUUCAUUUGUGGUGAUGUGAAUCAUUGGACAAGGAAAUGCCCGCACCGCCGGCACCCACCUGUUCAUCAAUCAGGCUAUGAUCAACAAGCUCUGACUCCUCCUCCGCAAAACCAACAACAAUGACAGGAUACGGCACCCCCAAAUGGACAAUACCCAUCUGCUCCAUGGGUACCCGAAUCCCCAACGAUAGGGAUCACUGCUGGCCUCACUGAAAGACUGUCAUGAACUUGGACAUGCUGGACCACGCUUGCUCCCAAUGCAGGCUGAUACAAGACUGACUAUUGCUAAAGUCAGCCGAUGACCCACCACUGAACUCUGUCUUCCAACAGUAUCGGCUUUGGUCUCCUUAGACUUCCUCCAUAUGACCUUACCAUCCGCUGAUCGGUCCUUCCCAAUGCACAAUGCUUUUGACAAACUAGAGAUUGAAAUUUAUCGCAUGGCCUGGUUGGGUGAAACACAAGGCAAUUUAUUUAAUGUUCCAUCCUCCUCAAUUAUUGUAGGUCCUGAAGGGUGUGGCAGCCAGAGUGGACCUGUCAGAGGAUCUCAUCUCAUUGACUGGUAUCUAGGCCUGACAUGGCCGCGCCGCUCAUACUUUUUUGCCGUCUACUCAAAUAUCCAAAAAUUCUCAUUCGUACACCUUUUUUGUAAUCGAUUUAGCUAAGGUUUUUUUCCAUAUACCACUUUCAGAAUCGUAUAGGGAAUUUUUCUCAUUCUCUCACCUUGGAGUUAAAUUUUACUACACUCGGUUGCCCCACGUAUUCGAUUUUGUCUUCUGGAAUUUUUAUUCAAGUGCUUAAACACCUAAUCUACUCUUUCCGACCUACGGAUGGAUUUGCUGUUUGGAUGCCAUGUGUUGGCUCCUUUGACGUUUGGCUUUUUGCAGUCUCAAACUAUCGCGCGGAAAAAUUACAAUGCGAAUUGUCUUUAUAUUGUUGGGGAGACUGAACACAUCAGAAGGUACAGCGAUGCCGGUUUCUUGUGUGCAGCCUGGUCUAGCUGAUUUACUUAGAUGUUUCUGAAAAGGAAGGUUCUGUUUCUGUUGUUCUUUUUCAGAAAAGGGAGGGGAACGUGAAUGGCAGGAACGUGAACAACAGGGAAGUAAAAGACUAAUUUUGAUGAAUUUUGACAUACGUCAGCAUGCAAUUGGACCCAAUUGAACAAAAACUUUCAGCAUGCAUCAGAUAUGCGGCAGCAUGAGGCAAAUGUUUAGAAUAACAAAUUUUAAAAAACUGCCACAGGAACAUCGAUUCAACAUAGCGAGAUAAUAAUUAACAAACAAAAAACUUAGAGAGGCUCUGCUAAAACCAAAAGAAGUAGUUAUUAAAUGCAGGAACUUUGUCCAUCAGUGUCAUACCUGUUCACUGUACAACCCACAUCCACACCAUUCUGGGGCUGCCGGCUCUGUUAGGCGGGGCCAACAUGCGGGCGAGAUCGUACAGAUGGACUUUACAGACAUGAUUGAUGCCCAUCGGGGCAAACGUUUUCUUUUGUGCAUUGUUGACACCUUCUCUGGGUGGCCUACCUUCUAUCCUUGUAAGCGGGAAACUUCGGCUGAAGUCAUUACUGCUCUGGUCACUCAUUGGAUACCAUUGUUUGGCGUCCCUACCGAAAUACAUUCUGACUCAGGUAAGCACUUCACGGCAGGGGACGUGUCUAGAGUUUGUGCCCUUCUGGGCAUAAAGAAAACGUUCUCCUGUGUCUAUUACCCUAAAGGCAAUGCCCAGGUUGAGCGCAUGAAUAGGACACUGAAGGGGGUCCUGGCUAAAAUGCUGUGUGAUGCCUCCUCCAGUGGUCUUAAAUCCACGUGGCUCUCACUGUUGCCCUCAGCCACCUUUCAUAUGCGCUCCAUGGUUAAUCGACGCACGGGCCACUCUCCUUUUGAGCUUAUGUUUGGCAGAGCCAUGCCUGGUUGUCUGCCCACUGCAGAGUCUCCUGGUUUACCCACUGUUAAGCAGCUUUUCCAAUUUCGACCUUAUUUUGAGGCUCUUCAGGCAGUCUUGGCAGAAAUUCGUUCUGCCCUACCUGACUCGGCCUCCCCCUCUGACUGUACCUCUGCCUUGCCCUCCAAGGUGUACAUCAAGAACCAUACCCGCUCCAAGUGGACAGCGCCCCGCUAUCGAGGACCGUUUGCGGUUACUCAUAGGACUGCUACUGCUGUUAAGAUCCGGGGCAGUGAGAAGUGGUACCAUUGGACGCACGUCAAGCCUCAUCAUGCGGGGAGUGGGACGGACGGUCCCACUGAAGGGGGGGAAGCAGGAACUAUGCACCCCGGACAGUGAGGACGGUGACUGGGACCCUCCCACUACCAGAAUACAGACUCUUUACAAAUGGGCUUGGGAUAUAGGCCCAUUAUCUCUUCCGAAAAGGAAAUGAGUCCAGGAAACGACGCUCACUGAUACCUGAUAAUCAUGGUCCAGCAGGUAAUGCUUGGAUGAAAUUGGCCAAAUACACAGCUCAAGUCACUAAUGUCAGCACACCAUGUUGGGUUUGUUCGUUCAGACCACAUCAUUCUGGAGAUGCCCCUACUUCUGUGCCUAUACCCAUCGCAGCCGACAAAAUGGUUUGCCUGCUGUGGGCGGCCAGGAAGGCCGUCACACAGUGCGGCGACUUUAGAUGUGUGUUUACGAAAAUAAAUGAUUCAAUCUCGACUAUAGGCUUAGGGUUUAACAGUAAGUGGGUAGAGACAGUCCCUACAAAUUGGACGACGUGCAUUGAAUGGAGUAGGUAUACUAGCCCCGAUCGUUGGAUAUUUCCCAAAAACUUUUCCCGGAUGUCGAAUCGCACCAUUCACAAGGGUAUGACAUUACACCGUAACCCAGUCCCAGCCCCAGUUGGCUUGUAUCGGGACUGCCGGGAGGGUGAUGUUCCGGUAGGAACACAAAAAGCUACACAACUGUUGGUCACAUAUAGGCGCUAUACGAAUGCUACACCUCUAGUUAGAGAUGACCCGAGUAUCUACCCCUACGGUAGAGAUGGAUCGCUUACAGUUCGUAAACGGUGUGGGAAGGCUGAUGGCACCACCUAUGCCUGUGAAAGUUCUGGGUGGUUGACCCUUAAUGUUACCCGGUUGAAGGUGUCUGAGGGCACAAAGGUUGGUAAUGUCACGACGGCACGACUAGCAGUGCCAGAUCGACGUGGGUUCCCCACCCCUAAAGGCCACGUCUGGUUGUGUGGGGAUCACACUUACUUCACGCUGCCUGAAAAUUGGUGUGGCACGUGCACGUUGGCUGUAACCCGGCCAUCAUCUAUUGUGCUUCCGGAAGAACUGAUGCAGGAGACGGUAGGUAGAUACGGGCAUCAUAACCCACACGAGCACCACCAGAAACGCAGACUCACGGUAGGUGACCGACCGGUAGGAAAGGUAUAUGUCCCCUUCUCAGACAAUGACGGUAGGCAACCAUUGUUUGGGGAUGCUAAGGGCUUCUUUGGGACAAUAAUACCGAGGUUAGGGACAGCCUCAUCCAUGAAGUCCCUGAACGAAGUAUGGUGGGUAUUGGAGGACAUAACAGACAUCCUAGGUGAAAUACUAGAUCAGUUAGCAGCCAGUCCUGAAUUGAAAGCUGUGGCGACCGUGGCCAUGCAGAACAGAGUAGCAUUGGACGCCCUGCAUGCUGAGAAUGGGGGAAUGUGUGCAGCGGUAGGGAUUGACCACUGCUGUACUUACAUCCCCGAUGAAACAGGUAAUUGGACUCUAAUCCGACACAAAGUAGCAGAUUUGCGGAAAUUCCUGCGGUCUCAGGAAGACCAGAAUCCACAAUGGACCUGGAUGAAUUGGCUUAAUUCCGGAUCCUGGACUCACAUCCUGCAGAAAAUAGCUCUUAUUAUUGGAGUGAUAUUAUUGUUGGGUUGUGUUUUGCUAUGUUGUGUUGUUCCCUUGUUCCGAAGCAUGAUCAACAGGGCCCUCGCACCUGCUUCAGGGAUAUUCCCAGUCCGAAGUCCCUCGUAUGAUGUGGAAAUGGAUGUGAAAAGUAGGGCCUCGGCUCACCUGCUUGAAGGGGGUGACCCAGACCUACUCCCACCCGAAUUGAGGGCCAGAUUGCUGGCGGUGGGAUGGUCAGGCCCGCAAGAAGGAUGCGACGGACGAUGUGGUGAUCAUUACUCAUGAAGUUGAUUAUUUUUGCUGUACUGUGCUCUAUCUUGCAGGUACCAUGGUAACAAUUUUCUAAGUUCUUUCCCCAGGAUAACUGUGGUAAUGAUCUCUUCACAGAGAUCAGAAGGGGGAAUGAAGGAAUAAUUCAUUUUAUGCUUUUGCUUAUGUUAACCACGCUUUAUUGCUCUUUAUUCAGUGUGUAAGAAUAACAGACAUGUUCUCUCAGUUCUUCAUCUCAGGGAGUAACGCACAUAACGGCAGUUCUUUAUCUCAGUGAAAAACACCAAGGGAGUGACAUAACGGCCGUCCGUGCGGGCCACUGCUGCGCGGGCAGUGGCGGGAAAACACCAAGAAGACCAGAAUACGUGGAAACACCAAGAAGACCAGAAUACGUGGAAACACCAAGAAGACCGGACUCCAGAAUGCGUGGACCAAUCCGCGUUAGUCUAGGCUCAUGAAUAAACAAUGAUCUGUUGUAAUAUAUUCUGUCUGUCCACCUGAGGGUGAAGAGUCUGUCCAGUGGCGGUGCAGCUUGUCUAGACUGUUUGUUAGGGAACCUCAGGAACAGACGUCUGUAUUAGAUGACCUGUUAGGGAAAUAAAUCUGCGUGACUCCAA